AUGGCCUCGUUUCUUUAUGCAAUCGUUAUGACUUGGCGAGAUGACCGUCUUCGUUUCGAUCCAAAAGACUUCAACAAUGCCAAUUUUAUCUGUUUGCCGAUGAGCGAACUUUGGGUUCCGACAUUUCAAAUUGCAAACGCUGUUGAAACAAAACGGGUGAAUGAUGGAAAUGUCGAAGAUGAUGUUGAAGUGAGAAGUGAUGGAACGGUGACAAUUGCUGAUAUCUAUUACUCGAAAACGAUUUGUGGAACUAGGACAAAUAGAUUUCCAUUCGACAUUCAAUUCUGUGAUGUGGACAUCGAGAAUUUGAACAUCAAUCAAACGUUGAUGAGAUUU